ACAUGUUUGCAUUUCAGAAUGUAUACCUGGCCGCUUCGGUGAAGAGUGCCUAUUUACGUGCGAUGACUGUUUAAAUGGUGGACACUGUAACGAGAAGAAAAAUGGCUGCCUGUGCUCCCCAGGCUGGCAAGGACUCGUCUGUAAUGAAACUUGCGCAAAGGGAACAUUUGGAGAAAAUUGUAACAAUACGUGUACAUGUCUAAAUGGUGGAACAUGUGAUCACAUGACAGGGAGAUGUCAAUGCCCACCGGGAGUAAAGGGAGACAAAUGUGAAGAUGGUUGUCCUUCAGGGUUUUUUGGAGAGUUCUGUGAGAAGAAAUGUCCAAGGGACUGUCCUACAGGAUAUUGUGAUAGAACGUUUGGUUUCUGUGAGUGUAAUCCUGGUUUUUUCGGACUUUCUUGUAAUAUUCCUUGCCCUCCAUUUACGUAUGGUGGAAAUUGUAUUCAGCACUGCGAUUGUAACAAAGGACAAACAAAUAAGUGUAACGCUAAGACAGGUGACUGCAUUUGCAAGCCUGGAUUUCAUGGACCCCGCUGUGAGCAAGGCUGUCCAAAUGGAUUCUACGGCAUUGGCUGUUCAAUGCAAUGCCGCUGCGAUAACGACAUGGAAUGUGAUCACGUGACUGGCGAAUGCAUUCAGAAUUGCCCUGCCGGAACCAUGGGUCGAAACUGCAAUCAACCAUGCCCUCACGGACGAUAUGGUAAGAAUUGUGCAUCAACGUGCCAGUGUGUUGAUAGUCCGUGUGAUCCUAUAAUUGGUUUGUGUAUAUGUGCAGCUGGCAGAACUGGUCUUAACUGCACUGAAAAGUGUCCUCCUGGAUAUUAUGAUAAGAAUUGCCGUAAGGAGUGUGGUUGUCACAACGACGCUGGAUGUAAUUCGGUAACUGGAGAGUGUCUCUGUCUACCUGGCUGGCAUGGAUCUAAAUGUUCUAAAGUUUGUUCACAAGGCAGUUAUGGCAAAGAUUGUUCGGAGCAAUGUUUAUGCGAGAAUGGUGCUCAUUGUCAUCCGCAGAAUGGUCAGUGCACGUGCACAUUAGGAUAUGUUGGACAAUUCUGUGAUAGAGCAUGUCCAGCAGGUAAAUACGGAGCAUCAUGCAUAGAGACAUGUGAGUGUGAGAACAGUGCUGAGUGUGAUCAUAAAACAGGCGACUGUCUCUGUUCACCAGGUUGGAGGGGACGUAAAUGUGAUCAAAAAUGUUCUAACAGCACAUAUGGUCCUGGCUGUUUACAGCAGUGUGAAUGUAGAAAUAACGCCAGUUGUGACCACGUGACCGGAGUUUGUGAAUGUGCCCCAGGGUGGCGCGGGCGACACUGCAGUAAAGGUUGUCCAAUAGGAUUUUUUGGCAAGGAUUGUCAAGGUAUAUGCAACUGUGCUAAUGCUGCCAUCUGUAACCACGUGACUGGGCAAUGUAAAUGCGCUUCCGGUUUUACUGGUCCAACCUGUACAGAAAAAUGUCCAGAGGGUCAAUAUGGCAAGGAAUGUGAAAGAACAUGCGAAUGUAUGAAUGGCGGCACAUGUGACCCAAUUACAGGUGUAUGCGUUUGUCCCCCAGGUUGGCGAGGAGGUCUUUGUGAAGAAGAAUGUGAAGUUGGUCUUUAUGGUGUGAACUGUUUGUAUAGAUGUUUCUGUAAUGGUCACCCGUGUGAUAGGAUGUCGGGAAAAUGUAAUUGUUCAUCAGGAUACAUGGGCAUGGCUUGCGAACAAUCUUGUCCAGAAGGCAAAUAUGGACGUAACUGUGUAGAGACAUGUAGCUGUAGAAACAGUUUAUCUUGUGACAAGAUGACUGGCAGGUGUAAUUGUUUACCUGGUUACCAUGGUGAUAAUUGUGAUGAAAUUUGUGAGCAAGGAUUCCAUGGCUUGAAUUGUUUUGAGAUGUGUGACUGUGCCAAUAAUGCAACAUGCAAGCAUGACUCCGGAAAUUGUAUAUGCAGACCAGGCUGGAGGGGAAAACGUUGUAACAAACCAUGUUUACCCGGCACUUUUGGUGACCAAUGCGACCAGACGUGCAUGUGUUCUGAGGAUGAACCUUGCUUUCACGUGACGGGACAAUGUAAAUGCCCACCUGGAUACUUUGGGCCAUCAUGCGAACAAUCUUGUUUACCUGGGACAUUUGGACCUGAAUGCCGCGGUGUAUGUACAUGCGGAAAGAAUUUUGAUUGUGACCACGUAACAGGCAGCUGCGUUUGUAAUACAAGCUUAAAAGGGAAGAAGUGCAGAAAAGCAAAAACAAGAAGGGAAAAGCAGGCUCGGAAGGGAAAAAUGAAGUCUGGAUUUUGGCAAGAAUUACUUACUAAGAAUCUUGUUGCAGAGGAACUACGGAUAGGUUGUAGCGAAGACGAGUAUGGUCCUAAUUGUGACAGACAAUGUGAAUGUGAGCGAGAUUCCAAAUGUGACGCAGUGAAUGGAAAAUGUUUAUGUAAUCAAGGAUAUGUAGGUUCAACAUGUAAGCACGAGUGUCCAGAGGGAAGAUUUGGCGACAAUUGUACAAAGAUUUGUGAUUGUAGGAAUGGUGCUCAAUGCAGCAAGAUAAACGGACAUUGUAAAUGUUUACCAGGAUAUAAGGGGGGAAAAUGUGAAAAAGUUUGUGAAGAGGGGUUUUACGGUGACAAUUGUGAAGAAGAAUGUCAGUGCGGAAUAAUGGGACAUUGUGAUCCUAACACUGGUCGAUGUAUAUGUGGGUUAGGUUGGCAAGGCCCAACAUGCGAGGAACGUUGUCAGUCUGGAAAGUUUGGUCCGGAUUGUAAAUAUUCAUGUAAAUGUCAGAAUGAAGCAUCAUGUGAUCCUGUCACUGGCUGCUGCGAAUGUAAGCCUGGUUUUUAUGGACAAUCUUGUGAAAUAGCGUGUCCCAGUGGCACACAUGGGCAGUAUUGUUCAGAAAGAUGUGAUUGUGAAAAUGGCGCAGAUUGUGAUGCUGAAACUGGGGCAUGCGACUGUAUACCUGGAUAUACUGGUGACACGUGCCAACAAGUGUGUCCAACUGGUCUGUAUGGAAAACGUUGCUCGAAUUCGUGUGAAUGUGACUCUGGAAAUUGUCACCACGUGACAGGAGAGUGUAUUUGUCCGGCGGGAUUUAUGCCACCUGAUUGCACCUUAUCAUGCAAAGAAGGUCGGUUUGGGCCGAACUGUGAAUUCCUUUGUGACUGUGAUAAUGGCGGAAUAUGCAAUCCUAUAUCUGGAUCUUGUAGUUGUAAAAAUGGAUGGAUAGGACCAAGGUGUGACUCUCCACUCAGAGUGAACAGAAAGAAUAUAUUUGGACGGUAGUGGUUGAUAAAGAACACGUACCAAGAAGGGGAGAUAUACCAUGGCAAUGGAAUUAUUCUUAUAGACGCAAAUGAAACUUGUGAAGAAUUUUGAAAAAAGAAGAGAUUAACCAAAAAAGAAAAUGUGGGCUUAAGAUGAAAAAUGACAUCAGUGUUGCCUGUCUGUUAUCGCAACAAAACUCUACACAAUGACUGAUGAAGACUAUUGGUGUAGAGUAAUUGUGACGAAAGUGCUUAAGUUUUUACAAUUUGAUAGCAUAUAUUUCUAUAACUGCUGUUGGGGUGUGUGAGUGUGUCAUUCAUUGUAACAUAAUGUUAACAUUAAACAUUGACACUGCUAAUUUCUGUAAUAUAUACAAUACUUAUACUGAUUUUUUCAUGCUAAUUGUGUACGGUAAAUAGUUAAAUAUUGUGAUCUGUUUAAUAUUGAUUGUAACAUGAUUAUUAAAAUAAUGUUUUGAUAUAAAAUAUUUCAAACCAUGUAUAACAUUAAAUUUUUCUUAACCACGAGGUAAAUGUAAGUUUGAAUGAAGCUCGAGCAUUCGGCUGUUUAAGAAUAUUCGUACAUAUAACUAUUGACAAAGUGUAGGGCGCAAUGGUUAGUUAUUUCUUCCCUGAAGCUAAUAAGCCUGUUACAAGAUAACUAUAACAACGACUUGGGUCACAAUAUUGUUGUUAUCUCUUAAAACCUUUUUAUAUUCUUCCUCGGUUAGUAUAUGUAGAAAAACAUAUGACCGUAUAUUGAUGACACAUAUAAACGUAUGGCUUAUAUGGUCCACUUUAUCAUAUGGCUAAGUUGAAAUUAUUACUAUGUGUAAUUAAAUGGUUCACUUAAACAUAUGAUCUUAGAUCAGUUACUUACUUGAUAUUUGUUCAGAUGAAAUGAUAUUUUUGUUACACUCUUCUUUGCAUUAGUCAUCUAGGUCUUUUAUGCUUCACAUACUGUAUACAGUAUAUAGUAUAAACAUGAAAAUGGCAUAUUCAGGAACAUACAGCAAUCUAUGGUAUCUGUUUGGAAGUGGUGGAAUAAAGAUUUCUGAAUGUAAUUGUAUAUUUUCGUGGCCAGUAAUUCCAUGUAUUUAAACAUUAAUUUUAUUUCAUUUAUUUAACUAGAGAAACUACUGAACUGUUUGUAGUUACUUGCACAUUAUCUCUGUACUCUUUUGUAUGAUUGUUUUGUUUUUGAGAACGUUAGGUUGAGUGUUUGACUUAAGUAGCUCUAAACAUUGCCAAGAGUUUGUUGGUUCUUAAAUCGUAUAUUGAUUCCAAUUGCAAAAAAUGUGGACUUAAUGAAUAAACUUGCUUUAUCAAGUUCGAUAAAAUACCAAUGUUGAUAAAAAAUAUCUUUGGUAAUAAUAUAUAAUGACAUGGAUAACGGCAUAGAACGUCAAUAUUUUUUCUGAUCUGACAAAAAAUGUCAUGCAAAAAGUCAGAACAAUUACACGGUGAUCUAUUACGUGCUUUAUUACACCAGAAGCAUUCCUACCUGGUGCAAGUCCUAAUACCAACAUUGUUUCCCGGUUUAGAGUUUCCUUAGAAACAUCGCAUCUGGCUUAUAUUUCAGAACAUUUCGAAGUCCUUAUAAAGUAAACAAAUGUGACCAGUUUAACACAAUACAAUUUAUAACUGCUGCGUUUCUUUGAAUGUUAAAUGAAUCCAUGCUCAUGUUUGUUAUUAAAAAGGACACUUGUUGGUGAAUCGGGCGUUAAAAAUUAAAGAGGUUGUUAACGAGGUAGAUAAAAGGUUCGGCCGUAGAUAGCAAGGAGUGAGCAUAUGGGAAAUUAUCAUUACUUCUGGAAUAAUUCAGUUUCCGGAGCAUAACUUUAGUUCCAUUUGUCCCACAAUAUUUAAAAUUCAUAGGAUGAUUGUCCAUAUUAGGUAGAAGAUCCAUAUUGAUUUUGGGGUCACAAGGUCAAGGCCACUAUUACCUUAAAACUGAAAACAGUUUCCGGGGCAUAAUUUAAGUUUUAUUUGGCCCACAAUAUUCAAACUUCAUAGGAUGAUUGUCCAUAUGGGUAGAAGACCCCUAUUGAUUUUGGGGUCACAACGUCAAAGGUCAAGGUCACUAUUACCUUAAAACUGAAAACAGUUUCCGGAGCAUAACUUAAGUUCCAUUUGGCCCACAAUAUUCAAACUUCAUAGGAUGAUUGUCCAUAUUGGGUAGAAGACCUCUAUUGAUUUUGGGGUCACAAGGUCAAUAGUCAAAGUCACUGUUACCUUAGAACUGAAAGUGGAGGAGUGCUUUUUGAAGGAGGUUAUACUUUAUUUAAUUCCCAUGUCUUAUAAACGCUUCAUCCUUACUAAAAAAACACUUUUGGGCUAAAAAUGCUCUGCCUAGCGGUGCUCUUGUUAAUAUCUGGGUCUAUAAUCCCUUUUUGAGUGUUUGGUAUUUUUUCAACAUCACCAUUACUCCACCACACUGCAAUGGCUACAUUUUAGUCCUAAAUCUUCUGGAAUUUCAUUCAUUACACACAUUAUCAGGUGAUAAUUUGAAAAUAUGUCACUUGUCAUCGUGGGAGGUCUGUGCAACACAAGAAUUAUUAAAAUGGUUCAUGUUCUAUCUUAUAAAUUAAGGUUUACAGAUUUUACAUCAUUACACAAUCUUUAAAAAAACAUAGUUCCAUAGUUUCCAGAUGAUUACUCUCUUAAGGUGGUAAUAGACUGAAAUAAUUUUUAUCAUGAAAUAAAGGGCAAUUUCAAAUUUGGCUACAUAGCACUCAUUUUGUGUCGCCUGCUACAGAGUAGCAGUGACAUAUAGGGACCACUUCUCCGUCGUCUAUCUGUCCAUCAGAUACAAAACGUGUCCGCACUCCUCUAAAACUACUGGUGCAAUUUCAUCCAAGCUUUGUGUGAAUGAUCAGUACCAAAUCUUGUUGUACAUAUCGGGGAAUGAUUUUUGCCGGAGUUAUGACCCUUUAAUGAGUUUUAGUUUUAAAGUUAGUUCUACUUUUUCUUUUAUACCACUAAUACAAAUUCAAUGAAACUAGGAUUGAUCGGUAGCUCAAGUGAUCAUAAUAUAUAUACAGGUUUUUGAUACAUGGGCCUUUCGGUUGAAUCAUUUUGGCUGGGUUAUGACCCUUCAAUAAAAAGGGCAUUUUUGACCUGUUAAUGAUUUUUGUGUCGCCAUCUACACAGAAGCUGGUAUAUUCUACAAAGCAGAAACAACUUAAAGGGAUCGCUACGUAAUUGUCUUUUUCUCCGUGUGUCUGUCUGUCCGUCACAAAACUUUGACUUUUCCUUAAGAAUUACUGGUGCAAUUUCAUCCAAACUUUACUGGAAUGAUAAGUAUACCAAGUCUAGUGCAUAUCGUUGGCAUGUUUCAGUUAAAUGAUUUUUGUCACACUUAUGGCCCUGUAAUGUUUUUGUGUUUUUUUUAAGUUUUGUCUUCUUCUCUUAUACUACCUCAAACACUUGCGCAUAUGUUAACGGGUUAUCGGGUUGAGUUAUUUUUGCUGAGUUAUGGCCCUUAAAUA